AUGCCUCAGGGUGCCCCUGAUGUCCCCGACAAGGGUCCUCUGUUCAUGAGGGUGACUGGCGUUUUGACCGCUAUUGCAUUCAUCUUGGUCGUUCAUCGAUUAUUGUGGAAGGUGUACAGGGGGACUGCAAUUUCCGCGGACGAUGUGAUUAUCCAGGUUUCUAUGGCCAUACAAAUUGUGAAUACGGUGAUGGGCGACUUGGCGUGCCAUUAUGCCUUUGGUCGUCAUCGUGCCGACAUCGUCCGAUCGGGAGGCAACAUUGUUCUAGCGUUGAAGUAUUUCUGGCUUUUUCAAAUCUUGUACAAAGCUGUCCUGUGCCUCAACAAGCUCAGCUUCUUGGCUUUCUACUUGCGCAUCUUUCCCACCCGACUAUUCCGCAUCAUCUGCUGGGUGACGAUUGGCAUUGUCAUCUCCAGCACCUUCGGAUUUGUUCUGGCGACGAUCUUCCAAUGCAUCCCAGUCCAAGCCAGCUGGCAAAAGCAUCUCCCGAAGAAAUGUAUCAAUAAUGCAAGCUUUCGAUGGUCGUGGGCCGGCUACAAUACGGCAAUGGAUAUCUGGGUCUGUGUCUUGCCGCUACCCGUGCUCGCGCAAUUGCAUCUGGACCGAAUUCGCAAGAUCGGUGUGAUGCUAGUGUUCUGCAUGGGUUUGUUCGUGUGCGUGACGAGCAUUAUUAGGAUGUGGGCGAUGGAGGCGAGUACUACGACUCAGGAUCCGACUUGGGGGUCGUUCGAUGCGCUGCUGUGGAGCGCGAUCGAGGCCAGCACGGGAAUCAUCUGCGCAUGCUUGCCCUUCCUGAAGCAUUCAGCACAGAGACUGGUUCCCACUUGGUUUGUCUCGCUCUCCAAUGGGUCGAGGAAGUCCCGCAGUCGAGCAACGAGAACUCGAACAGGGCGGAGUUAUCGUAUGAGCCGACUCGAGUCGCAAGAAGGCACUCAGUUGGGGCAAGGGUGGCGAGUGGAGAGACAUGAGCCCGAUGCCGAUUCAGAGAGUGUCGGCAGCCAAGGGGCGAUCGCCAAAGGCCAGAUCAUUCUCACCACCGAUAUUGCCAUGCACAGUGAGCCGGCCUCGAGAUAA